ACAGAAAACAUCAAUAUGGCGAGUUACAAAGUGGAGCAAAUUCCAGAUCCUCGGUUGGAUCUUGGUGAGGGUCCUCAUUGGGAUAGUGAAAACCAAUCCUUGUUCUACGUUAACCUGUUUGAAGCUACCAUACAUCGGUUGGAUUACAAGCACAAUAAGGUGUACAGUGCCACUGUUGAGGGCUGUACCUUCGCUUCAUUUGUUAUUCCGGUGAAAGGUAGAAAAAACGAGCUCGUCGUUGGCGACGGCACUCGUUUGGUGCUUGUCAGCUGGAACGGCAUUUCAGGGACGGCUCAAUUGAUUAAGGUAUUGGCUGACCUUGGUGAAAAGGCCGCUGGGCAUCGGUGGAACGAUGGGAAGGUCGAUUCUCGCGGACGAUUGUAUGCUGGAACAAUGAUCAUCGAGGAUGACGGGAAGGAUCCAUUCAAAACGAAUAGCGGAUGCUUUUACAGAUAUGAUGCCAAGACGGCCAGUUUCGUGGAACAAUUUUCCGGAUUGUUUGUCUCCAAUGGGCUUGCCUGGAAUGAUAAAAGCAAACAAUUUUAUUUCGUCGAUUCUGGCACGAAUGACAUUAAACGGUUUGACGUGGAUGCGGCAGGAAAUUUAGUUAACGGGAAAGUAUUUUUUGACUUGAAGAAGAUUGAACAGAAUUCGAUCAAUUUUUUCGACGGCAUGACAAUUGACACGGACGGAAACCUGUAUGUGGCAGUUUUCCAUGGAUCGAAAGUUGUGAAGAUCAAUUCAAAUGGCAAAAUCAUCCAGGAAAUCCAAAUACCAGCGAAACAAGUGACUUCGGUUGCAUUCGGGGGUCCUAAUUUGGAUGAACUUUUCGUAACUACAGCAAAGAAACAAGUUAUCGAACCACAACACCCACCAGCAGGAGCAACGUUCAAAGUUACUGGAUUGGGAACAAGAGGCACUGCCAUGAAUGCUGUUGAACUGUAGAUCAUAGCGACAAAAAUAUAUUCAAAAUAUUUACGAUUAGUCAA